AGUUCAAUAUUGAUAACAACAACAUGGCGGCCGGUCUACGUAUUAUCAUGAUAUAUCUACUAUACUGAAUAUACUCUACUAAUAUACCGAAUAUACUCUACUAUUACCUGUUAUGCUAAAUAGAAUAUAUUUAUAUAUAGACAGUCAUAGUUACAUAUAUAAUAAUAUUAUAAUAUUAUAUCUAGUAGAUGAGGAGACCAGUUGAGUAUGGCCAAUACGGAGCUUCAAUAAUUCAAAUGCGAAAAAUCAUCAGGAUUUGGCUUAAUAUUUUCAAUAUGGCAGCUAUACUCUAUAUCCUAGAUGAGGUGACCAUUAAGCUAGCUAAAUUUACCACUAAAUGAAUAGCUAUUGUUGUGUUUGCUUAACCACACAAUUAAAAUGAUGCCCUAAAAAAACUGGAUCAAUGAGCUGACAAAAGUCGUUCAAAAGUUGAAAAAAACAACAGUAGGCACAAUAACAUCUUGUUUAUAUAGGUACUGAGAAAGUGCUGCUUCAAUGGAUGUCUUGAAACAAGACUUCACUACUGAGCUAAAGAAUAUGAAAACUGAGAACAUAGAAUGGUCUUUAGACUCACAGAUGACAGAAAACAGUUACAUGUCUCAAACUUCUAGAUUAUUUUUAGAAGAACAGACACAGAAUAGAAAUGGUAAUCAAGAAAUGACUUUAAACCAAGAUAUUUUGGCUAGAAACACUCCUAACAAAGAUGUACAUACUGGAAACUUGCAAGACGAAGAACAAAAUGAUUCCAUUGAAAAUAAAACUUACCAGCUGGUUUGUGCAGAGAGGCAAUCUUCUUUAUCAAUCUCUAAACACAAUGAAACAAAAUAUAAGUGUGACUUGUGUCAAAAACAAAUAGCUAAUAAAUAUUAUUUAAAAACUCAUUUAGAACUCCAUUGUGGAAUAAAACUGAAAACAUUUAAGUGUGACUUAUGUCAAAAACAAAUGUCAAAUAAAUAUUAUUUAAAAGCUCAUCUAGCACUACAUUGUGGAAUAAAACUAUUCAAAUGUCUAAUUUGCCAGAAAGAAUUCAGUUAUUCCCCAGCAUUGAAACAGCAUGUGAAGAUUCAUUUUGGUAAAAAAACAUUUAAAUGUCAAAUUAGUAAAAAAGAAUUUGAUUGGUCCAUAAGCUUAAAAAGCCAUGAAAGGAUUCAUUCUGGUAAAAAGCUAUUUAAAUGUCAAAUUUGCCAAAAACCAUUAAGCAAUUUCGCAUAUUUAAAAAAACAUGAGAUGAAUCAUUCCAAUAAAAAGCCAUUUCAAUGUCAAAUUUGUCAUAAAGCAUUUAAUGAUUACUCAUAUUUAAAAAGCCAUGAGAUGAUUCAUUCUGGUAAAAAGUCAUUUAAGUGUCCAAUUUGUCAAAAAGGUUUCACUCAUUUCUCAUAUUUAAAGAAACAUGAGAGAAAUCAUUCUGGUAAAAAGCCAUUUCAAUGUCAAAUUUGUCAAAGAGGAUUCACUGAUUUUUCAAUUUUAAAACGGCAUGAGAUAAUUCAUUCUAGUGAAAAGCCAUUUAAAUGUCAAAUUUGUCCAAAAAAAUUUGCUCGGUUCUCAAGCUUAAAAAGGCAUGAGAUGAUUCAUUCAGGUAAAAAAUCAUAUAAAUGUCCAAUUUGUCAAAAAGGAUUCAAUGUUUCCUCUUAUUUAAAAAGCCAUGAGAUGAUUCAUUCUGAUAAAAAGUCAUUUAACUGUCAAAUUUGUCAGAAAGGAUUCACUCAUUUCUCAUAUUUAAAAAAACAUGAGAGGAAUCAUUCUGGUCAAAAGCCAUUUCAGUGUCAAAUUUGUCAAAAAGGAUUCAGUGAUUCCUCAAUUUUAAAACGGCAUGAGAUAAUUCACUCUAAUGAAAAGCCAUUUAAAUGUCAAAUUUGUCAAAAAAAAUUUGCUCGGUUCUCAGGCUUAAAAAGGCAUGAGAUGAUUCAUUCAGGUAAACAGCCAUUAAUAGUCAAAUUUGUCAAAAAGAAUUAAUUCAUUCAUUCUGGUAAUAAAUAUGAGAGGAUUCCCUCAGGUAGAAAGCCAUUUAAAUGUCACAUUGUUUUAAAACAUGUGUUUGGCUCUCUUAGCUAAAAAUGCAUAAGAUAAAAAAUUAUGUCAAUUUAGAAUAUGUUGAAAAUGAAUUCAAAAGACCAUUUUAAUAUAUGUUUACAAAUUAUGUUGAUAUUCUGGUUCUAAAUGCCAUGUCAUUUAAAUGUUUUAUCUGCUACAAAGAAUUAAUUUAAUCUCUGCCAUAAAAUUUGUUCAGUACUUUACUUAAAAACUUCAUAAGAUAAUUCAUGAGAUAAUUCUUUCUUGUCUGAAACCUUUUUAAUGUUAAGUUAUCAGAAAAGAUUUGUCAAAGUGUAAAUGUUGUAAGAUGAUUUAUUAUUGUGCAAUUUUUUACAAAGAUUAUAUUAACUCUUAUAUUUCUGACUGUCUGGUAAAAUGUUUGUAUGUUAUUUUUCUGACUUCCAAUCUUGGAUUUUAUAUUACAACAUAAGAAUCAAUAAAAAAAAUAUUUAAUUAAUUAGUUA